GUUCUAUGGAGUGUAUAUAGUGGAGUGGAGUGUUCUAUAAAUUAAUAGCCGUACCAUAAACAAUUCGUCGUGAUGUACAAAUUAUGUAAUUGUUAUACGGGAUAAACGAUAAGGUGAAAAUCAUGAAAGGCAGACAAUCUGUUCCUGAUAUCAAAUCAAGUGAUCAGAUCUCCGAUGAGAAUAUUAGUUUCAAAAGAUGAAAAUAAAAUUAACUUACAAAUGAGUACCAGAAUCGACUGACUCACUGAAUCAAUUUUACCAACCAGGUACGUAAAGGACAUCGAAAGGCUAUAUUCAUUGACAUUUUUUUCACAGCUGCUUGUAAGUACUGUGGUUAUAUGUCUUUCACUUUUUCAACUUAUUAAGGUACCUUUAUUUAGUGCGAUCUUCUUUUUCUUUGUAUCUUUUUUAACACCAAUGCUUGCUCAGGUUUUUUUCUACUCCUACUUUGGCAAUAUUCUACAAGAUGAGAGUGACGCUUUAACCAACACGAUUUAUAAUAUGAACUGGUACGAUUUUGACGAAAAAUCUAAAAGGGCAUUAUUAAUCAUCAUGAGCGGUAUGUCUAGGCCAAUCCAAAUGACUGCUGGAAAAAUAUUGGUUUUAAAUCUGGAAACGUUUAAAAAAAUAAUGAAGAGUACGUACUCAUUACUUAGUAUUGUGAAAAAGUUUGAGUAAUUAUAGAGAUAAUUCAUAUAAUGGUAAAUAUCUUAAUAACUUAUUAUAUUAUAUUAUCCACAAGGAAAAAAUUUUCCUGUAGUUGGC